AUGAAUGUGAGCAGAGAGAAGGUCCAGGUGGAUAUCUCUAGUGGACCAGCCUCAGUUGUGGUGGAAGCUGGACCCUGCAGUAUUCACGGUGAGAUGAUGGAGAGCAAUGGGGAACAGAGACUCUCAGCCAACGAGAUACCUAACUAUGGGUGUCAGAGGGACAACAGGCAAGGAGGGGACAACCAGAAUGGCAAUACCCCUGGGCAAGAAGGGAUAGUGGGAGCACUUCCAGCAGUUCACAGAACCACUUCUUUCUCUGUUUUGGACAUACUGGACCCUAACAAAUUUAACAGCAAACAGAGACUGUGCUCUGUGGCGUACAAGCCUAAUACAGACUAUAUUAUCAGAGGGGAGGACAAGCAGGACCAGGGGACAGAGCUGGCACACCAGAAACCCUGUCUAGAAGACUUUGACAACUGCAAAAAGUCUGCAGAUGUUUUAAGUAAGUUUCUAACAUGUACAGCGUACUCUGUGAGUGUAUGUAUCUAUACAAAUACGAAUAUCUACAUGUAUAUAUUCACUCAUAUGUGUUUGUUUGUGUGGGUGUGUAUACGUGUGUUUGUUUUUGUAUAUGUAUGCAUAUAUAAUGUGUGUGUGUUUAUAAAUAAAUUAUAUGCAUGUUAUGUGAAUAUAUAUAUACACCAUGGAUAUCAUUUAUUUAUAUUUUUAUUUUUUUAUAUUGGUGGUGUUUAAUUUAAUUGUUUUAUAAGUUGUACCCUUUAUUAUGUUAGUCAUAGUAUAAAUUGUAACUUGUAUUACAAACUAUUGGAAACAGUAUCUGUAUCCAGUAUUCAAUGAGUCACAUUUGCAGUAACUGUCCCCAGAACAAAACAUGCUGCACAAGUCAUGCUGCUUGUCUAAGGAACCAGAGGGGAUGAGAGGGUCACAUUGAAAUAUUUCAGGAUUAUACAGAAUAAAACAAACACGGUGGGUUUAGUGUGAUUCUAAAACUUGCAUUCAUUCCCAGGGAUACCAAUAUCCUCAUCAAUACUUACUAAUGUGUUUAUAGUAAAAUGCAGGUAAAACAGGUUAUCAGAAAUAGGUAUUAGUAACAGCUGGAAUGAAUGAUGGCUGUAGUUAUUACAAUGUGUCAAUGAAUGUUUAGUUAAUUUUAUAACAGGAUUCAUAACAAUAAAUGCAUAACUUUGAUACAUCACCCAUAGGUGCUUGUCUGACAGCUUUAGAAGAAACUGAGGCAGAUAGUUCUAACAACAGACUGAGUUUAUCCAUACGUUUAUAGUCUGCAAAUAAUCUGCCUAAAAUGAACAAGUAAAUUACUCUAUAAACUAAUACUGUGCAUGUAUAGUAUUUAUCAUAUUUAAUUGUUUAUUUAUAUGUAUAUACUUAUUUUCAUUUGUACAAUUUAGCCAUAGCUAGGGUGUAAUUUAAUAAAAUAUCAGGCUGUGUCAGAUACUAUAUUUCUCUGUUUAUACAUAAUACAAAAUAUUAUUUAUUUUGGGGGAGGGGAUGGGGGGAAGGGUUCUAAUUGUGUGCCAAAUAUUGACUGGGUAGUAAAGGGUUAAUAUAGUCCAAAAUCUAUCUAGAAAACAUCUCCUGUUUGGUGACUGUUGCUUAGGGCGACAGAUUCAAUUUUCUCUUCUCCCCUUGGCUUUUUUAGGACAAACCAGACUAAUUGUGACAAAACGCCGGUUAUCUCUGGAAAAACAAUUAAAUUCCUUCGAUUACAUUUAUGGCAAAAUGUGCUUAGCAGAAUAAAGAGGGCAGAUAAUGGGGAGAAUCCCCCUAGAGUAGCGUGUAGCAGUGGGCUGGUCGAUAUCCUAUUAUCGAAUUGUGAAUAUCUCUUACAAGCAGCUUGCAAACUCUCUCCUAACAUCUAAAUUAUAGGGUCACAAUUCGGAUAAUUACUCGAUUAAAACCUAUUAAACUUAUUAGGGUAACUAUUGAUCCCGAAUUGCAUUCGACCCAGGGAAAAGAUUGCUUUUUUGGGUUGCAAAAUAUCCCAACUUUUCCAAAAUAAUUUACAUAUAUCUGAAAUGAGUUUACUUAAAAAGGCAUUUCUAUAUAAAAAUAAAUACAAAUAAAAUAAAAAUAUUUUUUGAUGAUACUGGUCUAUAUAUAUAUCCAUAUAGGCAAACAAUAUACGAUAGUGCAAUAUAUAUUUAUAUAUACACACACUUCUACAAAUAUUUAUACAUAUUAAUACAGAAAAUUGCUUAUUUUAAGGGCACACACAUAUCCAUCUAUACAUACAGGUACAAUGUGUAACUAAUUUAAAUACAGAUUAUUUUAUUUUUAUUUUAUUUUCAUACACAAGACAACUUUUCUGUCUAUAUAAAGAAUUAUUGAAUUAAAACAUAGCUUCAAAAUCGUAUACUUUAUGGAAACUCAGUUGUACAGAUAGAACAUUUCAAGUAUUGAUAAUAUUAUCAUGUUAUAUUAAGGGACAAAUUAUAUUGGGACAAAUUAUCGAUAAGCAAUUUUCAUGGGAAUAACAGAACUAAACGUUAUUUUAUAAAAUAAAGCCAUAUUAUAUAUGUGUAUAUAUGUAGAUACAUUAGAAUUGGUAAAACCUGCAAUGGGAAUGUAUGAGUCAAUUGGAAAGUUAAGUUUAUUGACUUUAUGAGAAAUAAGUUAAAAUCAAAGAUAUGAUCUUUAGAACAUUUGAGUGUGAAACCUAACUGAUAUUUAUACCAAUAUUUUUUUUAUAUUUUAUUAUUGACUAAAUAAUUUCCUUACAAACUACCAGUCACUUGUACAUGACUCAAACCAUAAAUAUUUUCACAGUAACAUAAAACAUAUAAGACACAAUAGGUGUAUUCACAAAACGAGAAAUUAUAGUGAAUUGAAAAUCCAAAUGUAAUUUUUAGGCUGAAAUAGUCAAACUAUAACUUUAGUUUAGUUUGAGGUGUUUCCUAAACUUCAAUUCCUUAUAAUAGUCUUUUUUUUUUUCAAUUUUCUUUUAAUUUUUUAAAUUUUUUUUUUUUAGAAACUUCAUCUAAUGUACGAUUAAAUCGCCGUUUAUUAUCUAAAGGCCUCAACAACUAAUAAAACAAUAUUGGAUUUCACAUUUAGUUUAUUAUACUUUAUUUAUAUGCAACAAUACAUGAAUUGAUAGACUGACCAUUUAAAAUGUCAGGAACCUAUGUUAAAAUUUGAAGGAAAUUGCAUGUUAAACAAAAACAGAUUCAAUAAUAUUUGAAACUUGCUUUUUAAUAGUAUUUGUAUUUAAAUAUAACAUUACUACAUUUACAAUACAAUCGUUUACAUUUACAGCAAUGUUUAAAAGAUCUCUACAUAAUAUAUUUGUAAGAGUGUAAUAUAAUAAUGAAUGGAUUUGAGUAAGAAAUAAAAAUGUAAUGCUAUUAAGAUGAACUAAUUCACUAUUAAAAUCCAAUUAGCCUUUUAUAUAUAUAUAGACAGAAUAGAGUAAAAUAUAACAUUGAUUUUCUAAUGCAAAUAUGCUAAAUUGUAUAAAUAAUCUGAUCAUCUGAAAACUGAGAAUCCCAUGAAUUGGUUUUAGGAUAAGUCCAUUUCAUAUUAAAAAUAAACGUUUAAUUUAUAAAAUAUUUAUAUUGCUAAAAACAAAAUAUUGUAUAAGCAAAAAGUGUCAUUUAAUCAGGUAAAAAAUAAUACUAUUUGUUUAUGGUGAUAGAUAGAUUGAUUGAUUGAUAGAUAGAUAGAUAGAUAGAUAGAUAGAUAGAUAGAUAGAUAGAUUCCUAGUGGCUAUGCAUGAUGGGGGUUGCAUUUAGCUGGUGGAGCCCUGUAAGCUGUAUAGAUAGAUUUAACUGCCCCAGGUUUGCAGUCAGACACCUGAACACGUGUUUUCUGUAGAAGAGCAGUCUUGCAUUUCUUACAUUGAUUGUCUGUUGUUAUGGUUUACAGUUCCCGAAGAAUACAAUGUAUUUGCCUGUAUAGGAAUUUAUAGGUGAGAUUUAUACAGACAGGGAUUUGACCUAACUUAGGGAUCACAGUAAAGCAUUGAUCUUUAAACACAGUCCAGAUAAGCAGCAUGUUUGUUUAGAGAGUUAAAGGGCACAGAUACCCCCUCCACUCAAUCAGAGCAAUCUAACUAAUGCUAUAUUACACACUUACUGUAUUCCAUCAAUUCUUCAAGGGGCAAUACCUGGUGAUAUUAUUAGCCCUACCUGCCACAAACUAUUUCUACAUCAAAGGGAUGGUAAGACAGGCCCCCAACUAUUCUAAAACUAUCACUCCCAUGAGGUUUAAGGGUGGCAAAGCAUCAUGGUCUUAGUAGUUUUACAAAAGAUGGGGAGGUAACCUUUGGCCACCUCAGUCCUAUACCCUUACUGGAAGCAGAGUAAUAUUAAAGCACAUGUAGGACAGGUACACACAGACAUAGAGAUACAGAGAAUUAGAGUUCUUUUCCUUUUAACUCAAUUUUGACCUAUUUAUUUAUUUAUUCAUUUAUUUUAAUAGGCUGUGAAUUCCCCCCAGCUCACUGCUCAGGGUAUAGAUGUUAUUUUAAACCUACUUUUGUUUUGCAGUGUGGAUACAUAAUAGUAUAUACAUGACAUUAUUAUAGCUCUGUAGGAAGGCAGGGAUUGUCUUAUAAAAGGUAAGCUGCUAUUCAUGGUUAAUAAAGGGAUUAGUUAGCUUUCCCUGCGGUAUUGAACUUUUUCCAUGCAUUUAUAGAUGUGUGAGUGUUUUUAAGGAAUUAUCAUCAGUAUUUAAAAAAUAAACAAAAUAUUGGGGAAAAAAUUAUUAAUAAGCUAUAUAUAAGAUUAAGGGUUUUAUCUUGGCAAAUUUCAAUUUGAGUUUAUUUGUUAAACUAUUUCGUACCUAAAGAGAGGUGAAUGCAUUAAUUAAUGAAUUAAUGAAUUAAUGAAUUAAUCAGCGAGGCACAGCAGAUUACAUGCUAUAGUUAUAUCUAACCGAUCACAGAGCAAGAAUGGAACUUAAUAGAAAAAAAAUAAAUUUAAAAAGUACGACAAAUAACCUCAACAACUAUUAGAGAUUGAAAUAAAACAUUUUUAUUGAACCAUAAAGAAACAAAUUCAGUUAAAAAAAAGCCCCUUAAAUAGGUUCUUACGAUUUCUUAUUUUCUUGUUUUUAUUUAGUUUUCGGUAAUUUCCAAUUGUUCAAUUCUUCCUGACAUGAAACAGGUGUAACUAGAGGGAGCGUGUUAACACCAGACUGGUCUUAGAACAAGUCCACAGAUUUAGAGAAUAUCCCAAUCAGGGUUAUUUACUAACAAUUCAUUGUCGGAUAUUCACGCUGGAUCUGACAAUGGUAUGGAAAACAUAGCUGGGAAAUCUCGAUUCACUGUUAAAACUAAGUUGUGCGAUGCCCGUGGUGAAGUCUCGAUAAUUCAGCGUUUGGUGAUUCAUUCUGUCUGUAUUCUGCAAUCAUGAAACAUUCUCAGAGUAACUUUCUGUUACAUAGUAUUCGGCAAAUGUUCGGUUAAUGCAGGUAGGAGAGAGGGGGAGUGCAGGGGUUUAGUUCAAAUAUAUAGAUAUAAGAAUAUGUGCAUGUGUGUAUGUAAUAUGUCAGUGUAUAAUGUCAGUGUGUGCAUAUGUGUAUGUAAUGUGACAGUGUGUAUAAUGUCAGUCUGUGCAUGUGUGUGUGUGUGUGUGUGUGUGUGUGUGUGUGUGUGUAUGUAAUGUGUCAGAGUGUGUAAUGUCUGUCAGUGCAUGUGUAUGUAUGUAUGUAUGUAAUGUGUCAGUGUGUAUAAUGUCAGUGUGUAUGUGUGUAUAUGUAAUGUGUCAGUGUGUAUAAUGUCAGUGUGUAUGUGUGUAUAUGUAAUGUGUCAGUGUUUAUAAUGUCAGUGUGUGUAUGUAAUGUGUCAGUGUGUAUAAUGUCAGUGUGUGUAUGUAAUGUGUCAGUGUGUAUAAUGUCAGUGUGUAUGUGUGUAUAAUGUCAGUGUGUAUGUGUGUAUAUGUAAUGUGUCAGUGUGUAUAAUGUCAGUGUGUCUAUGUAAUGUGUCAGUGUGUAUAAUGUCAGUGUGUGUAUGUAAUGUGUCAGUGUAUAAUGUCAGUGUGUGUAUGUAAUGUGUCAGUGUGUAUAAUGUCAGUGUGUAUGUGUGUGUAUGUAAUGUGUCAGUGUGUAUAAUGUCAGUGUGUGUAUGUAAUGUGUCAGUGUGUAUAAUGUCAGUGUGUGUAUGUAAUGUGUCAGUGUAUAAUGUCAGUGUGUCUAUGUAAUGUGUCAGUGUGUAUAAUGUCAGUGUGUAUAAUGUCAGUGUGUAUAAUGUCAGUGUGUAUGUGUGUGUAUGUAAUGUGUCAGUGCGUAACUGUAUAAUGUCAGUAUGUGCAUGUUGGUCGACAUUAUAUGGGUAUUGCGUGUUUGUGUUAUGUGUGUUAUUUGUGUAUAUGUGUGUUUGCUUUGUCCUGUGCUUAAUAUUAUAUAGAACAUAUAUUUAUAUUUUAUAGAGAUAGAUUAAAGUAGAUCUUGUGCUAAUCAGGGAAAGCUCUCUAUAUAUUCAAAGAUAUAAUUAUGCUGGUUUCCAUGGUAAUUGCUCCUUAUUUAACACUUUGUUCAAGAAUAGCACCGUUUUUUUGCCUUGAUAAAGAUAUUUCUGUAAAUAGAGACUAUGGUAUGUGCAUAUUCAUUGUAGUACAUGGGAGCUAACCAUUAUGUGUGUGCAUGCAUUGCAGUAAAUGUGGACUUUUCCAAGAUAUCUGAGAGCUUGUUAUAAUGUAUGUAAUAGACAUUGUGAUCUAUAGGAGAUAUACCAUGAUGUACACACAGACAUUACAAUCUAUAGGAGAUAUACCAUGAUGUACACACAGACAUUACAAUCUAUAGGAGAUAUACCAUGAUGUACACACAGACAUUACAAUAUAUAGGAGAUAUACCAUGAUGUACACACAGACAUUACAAUAUAUAGGAGAUAUACCAUGAUGUACACACAGACAUUACAAUAUAUAGGAGAUAUACCAUGAUGUACACACAGACAUUGCAAUCUAUAGGAGAUAUACCAUGAUGUACACAGACAUUGUGAUCUAUAGGAGAUAUACCAUGAUGGACACACAGACAUUACAAUCUAUAGGAGAUAUAUCAUGAUGUACACACAGACAUUACAAUCUAUAGGAGAUAUACCAUGAUGUACACACAGACAUUACAAUCUAUAGGAGAUAUACCAUGAUGUACACACUGACAUUACAAUCUAUAGGAGAUAUACCAUGAUGUACACAGACAUUACAAUCUAUAGGAGAUAUACCAUGAUGUACACAGACAUUACAAUCUAUAGGAGAUAUACCAUGAUGGACACACAGGCCUUGCAAUAUAUGGGAGAUAUACUAUUAUGUACACACAGGCAUUACAAUCUAUAGGAGAUAUACCAUGAUGUACACAGACAUUACAAUCUAUAGGAGAUAUACCAUGAUGUACACACAGACAUUGCAAUCUAUAGGAGAUAUACCAUGAUGUACACAGACAUUGCAAUCUAUAGGAGAUAUACCAUGAUGGACACACAGGCCUUGCAAUAUAUGGGAGAUAUACUAUUAUGUACACACAGGCAUUACAAUCUAUAGGAGAUAUACCAUGAUGUACACACAGACAUUACAAUCUAUAGGAGAUAUACCAUGAUGUACACACAGACAUUACAAUCUAUAGGAGAUAUACCAUGAUGUACACAGACAUUACAAUCUAUAGGAGAUAUACCAUGAUGUACACACAGACAUUGCAAUCUAUAGGAGAUAUACCAUGAUGUACACAGACAUUACAAUCUAUAGGAGAUAUACCAUGAUGGACACACAGGCCUUGCAAUAUAUGGGAGAUAUACUAUUAUGUACACACAGGCAUUACAAUCUAUAGGAGAUAUACCAUGAUGUACACAGACAUUACAAUCUAUAGGAGAUAUACCAUGAUGUACACACAGACAUUGCAAUCUAUAGGAGAUAUACCAUGAUGUACACAGACAUUGCAAUCUAUAGGAGAUAUACCAUGAUGGACACACAGGCCUUGCAAUAUAUGGGAGAUAUACUAUUAUGUACACACAGGCAUUACAAUCUAUAGGAGAUAUACCAUGAUGUACACACAGACAUUACAAUCUAUAGGAGAUAUACCAUGAUGUACACACAGACAUUACAAUCUAUAGGAGAUAUACCAUGAUGUACACACAGACAUUGCAAUCUAUAGGAGAUAUACCAUGAUGUACACAUACAUUGUGAUCUAUAGGAGAUAUACCAUGAUGGACACACAGACCUUGCAAUAUAUUGGAGAUAUACUAUUAUGUACACACAGGCAUUACAAUCUAUAGGAGAUAUACCGUGAUGUACACACAGGCAUUACAAUCUAUAGGAGAUAUACCAUGAUGUACACACAGACAUUACAAUCUAUAGGAGAUAUACCGUGAUGUACACACAGACAUUACAAUCUAUAGGAGAUAUACCAUGAUGUACACACAGACAUUACAAUCUAUAGGAGAUAUACCGUGAUGUACACACAGACAUUACAAUCUAUAGGAGAUAUACCAUGAUGUACACACAGACAUUGCAAUCUAUAGGAGAUAUACCAUGAUGUACACAUACAUUACAAUCUAUAGGAGAUAUACCAUGAUGGACACACAGACAGUGCAGUAUAUGAGAUAACAGGUCCAUAGGUUUGGUGUGGUCACUAAACAUCCUUUUUGUGUUUGCAGAGAAUGGGGAUCUCUAUCACCAGGCCGGAGAGGAGUGUCAGAACCAAGACUUCAGUCCUGGACCUGGAAGUGAUCUGGAGGAAGAAGAAGAUGAAGAAGAGGAAGAGUUCUGUAGUGAAGAAAGUAGCAACUCCACAUCUUCUGGGACUGGAGACAGGGGGACUGAUGGAGGAGCUGCUCAGGGAGGGGAGUCUAUCAGCCCUGCUGGGUCUAACCAACAGCAGGCCAAUGGGAAGAACCAAAGUCAACAGAACCAGCAGCAGAAUCAGCAUGGUAAGCCCAAGAGGAAGAGGACUGGUUCUGACUCUAAAUCUGGAAAGCCCAGGAGAGCACGCACUGCUUUCACUUAUGAACAGUUGGUGGCGCUAGAGAACAAGUUCAAGUCCACCAGGUACUUAUCUGUAUGUGAGAGACUCAACCUAGCUCUGUCCCUGAGCCUAACUGAGACCCAGGUCAAAAUCUGGUUCCAGAACAGACGCACCAAGUGGAAGAAGCAGAACCCUGGGGCAGACACAAGCGCCCCCACAGGGGGGUCCAACCAUGGAGGAGGAUCAGGGGGACCAGGUAUGGGAGGAGGGCUCAGCCCUCUUAGUCACUCACCCCCCAUGGGUAACCCACUGGCCAUGCAUGGUCACCCAGGAUACCCCGGCCAUGGACCAAGUGGUCUUAUGUGUACCACCCAACUGCCCUUCCUGUCAGGUCCAGCUGUCCUAUCACCCUUCGUCUUGGGAACCCAGUCCUAUGGGGCUCCUGCAUUUUAUGCACCCCACUUAUAA